AUUAAUAUUAAAAUACUAAUGACAAACCAUAUAAUAAUAAAUAAGCACAUGAUCUAAGAUAAUAUUACAUGUCACACGCUCUUUCUCAAUUUUUCUUCUUCUUGAUAAUUUGUGUUAAGAAAUUAUCAUAGCUAGAAGAAAAGGAAAGAAUGAGGCAAGAGAAUGAAGAAGGAAGGAAUCUGAAGAAGCCAUUUUUACAGACAGGAAGUUGGUAUAGAAUUAGUGGAAGAAGCUCAAGUUUGUUUGGGUCAACUCAAGCAAUCCGUGAUUCUUCGAUUUCUGUUAUUGCUUGUGUUAUCAUUGUUGCUUUGGGUCCAAUUCAGUUUGGUUUUACAGCAGGGUAUACAUCACCUACUCAAUCAGCUAUAAUCACUGACCUUGGUCUCUCAGUUUCUGAGUUUUCUUUGUUUGGUUCAUUGUCCAAUGUGGGUGCCAUGGUUGGAGCAAUAGCUAGUGGUCAAAUUGCGGAGUAUGUUGGGCGUAAAGGGUCUUUGAUGAUUGCAUCCAUUCCCAAUAUUAUUGGUUGGUUGUUCAUCUCUUUUGCAAAAGAUUCUUCUUUUCUCUAUAUGGGAAGAUUGUUGGAAGGAUUUGGCGUCGGAAUAAUAUCUUACACGGUGCCAAUAUAUAUAGCUGAGAUAUCACCUCAAAAUCUAAGGGGAAGUCUGGUCUCAGUAAACCAGCUUUCUGUCACCAUUGGAAUUAUGCUGGCUUAUCUUCUAGGACUUUUUGUUGAAUGGAGAUUCCUUGCAAUUUUAGGAAUUAUACCUUGUACAUUAUUAAUACCAGGUCUAUUCUUCAUUCCUGAGUCUCCAAGAUGGCUAGCGAAAAUGGGCAUGACAGAAGAAUUUGAACGUUCAUUGCAAGUGCUCAGAGGUUUCGAAACUGAUAUUUCAGUCGAAGUCAAUGAAAUUAAGGCUUCUGUUGCAUCGGCAAAUAGAAGAAACACAGUUCGAUUUUCAGAACUCAAGCAAAGAAGAUAUUGGCUUCCUUUAAUGAUUGGAAUUGGACUUCUUGUUUUGCAACAGCUUUCUGGGAUUAAUGCUGUUCUUUUCUAUUCCAGUACCAUCUUUCAAAAUGCUGGAAUUAAUUCGAGUGAUGUAGCAACAUUUGGAGUCGGUGCUGUUCAGGUUCUUGCUACCAUUUUAACUUUGUGGUUGGCAGACAAAUCUGGUCGCCGGCUUUUACUUAUUGUUUCUUCAUCUGCAAUGGCUUUAAGUCUUUUGGUUGUUUCAAUAUCAUUCUACUUGAAGGAAUAUAUAUCACCAGAUUCUGAUUUAUAUGCGACAUUGAGCCUCGUAUCGGUGGCUGGAGUUGUGGUCAUGGUUAUUGCAUUCUCUCUGGGAUUAGGAGCAAUGCCAUGGAUUAUAAUGUCUGAGAUUCUUCCGAUUAACAUCAAAGGCCUAGCUGGAAGUUUUGCAACACUUGCCAAUUGGUUCUUUUCCUGGUUGGUUACAUUAACAGCAAAUUUGCUCUUGGAUUGGAGUUCGGGAGGUUUGUGUGCAUUGCCUAUGUUAAUUUUCUAUAAAUAUCUAUUGUUUCUAACCAGAAGCUUCCUAUGUUUUUAUCAGGAACCUUCACAAUAUAUACUGCAGUGUGUGUUUUCACAGCAGGAUUUGUUGCCAUUUGGGUCCCCGAGACAAAGGGAAAAACUCUUGAAGAAAUACAACAGUUUUUCAGAUGAAGUUUCCUUUCGAGUAGCACUUCAGCUAGUGUUCACUCAUGUAUUCACAUUCAUAUUUUUUUUCUGAAUCAACUCAAUUCAUUUUUGUGCUCUUUGGUCUUGUUAAAUAUGAAAAAUACCUAAACAGUGUGAUUUUCUAAUCUAGCAGCAUACUUGCAUUUUUGUUGUAAUUGAUUGAUUAUAAACAAAUAAAUGAAAGAGAGUGGUUAUUAUACA